AUGGAAGACAAAUCUGACCUCGGGGGCCAAAAUUGCGGUCACUGCAAGGCUUCUCGAAGAGGUCGUUCUCGGCGAUGGCUCUCCAAAUUGAAGGCGAAUCUCUCCCCGCGGGUUGUGGGAAAGAGGAAAGCUGUACGGAACAACGUUCUCCUGUUUAUUGUAUUUGUGAUUAUCGUGGGAGGCAUCAUCGCACUUGUUUGGUUCUCCCUCGUGCUUGCUCUAAUCCAUCGACUGUCUCCGUCGACCCCAUCAAAUGGAUUACAAAGAAUUGUCCAGAGCUGGAAAACACCGUCGGAUUCGAUUUCAUUAUUGAGUCCAUGGCCGCACGAUUUCAGUCAAGGCAUUGUGCCUGUCUCCUGCCAUUCGCACAAUGACUACUGGCUCUCGGUCCCAUUGUUCGAGGCGAUUGCGGCCGGAUGCACAGGUGUCGAGGCAGACGUUUGGCUCCGGGAAAACAAGACUCUUCUGGUCGGUCAUGGAGAGAGCUCUCUAACUUCAGAUCGCACGUUGCAAAGUCUCUAUAUCGAGCCACUGUCCACAAUCCUUUUGAACUUGAACGGCAACUCAUCGUCAAAUGAUGUUACUUCACCUGUGGGUAUCUUUGACAUCGACACCACAGUCACUCUCACCCUUCUCAUCGAUAUCAAAUCCGAUGCGAUCACCACCUGGCCGGUGAUUUUGGAUCAAUUGAGUCCAUUGAUCUCCGGUGGCUGGGUAUCGCACUGGAAUGGCACCACCAGGAAGCUUGUGCACGGUCCCAUCACCGUCGUCGGGACAGGCAAUACGCUCUUCCAGCAGGUGACUGCAGAACACGACCGAUACGUCUUCUUCGACGCACCCUUGCACGAAAUUUCUCAAAACUCAUCAUACUCCUCCGAGAACUCAUACUAUGCUAGCGUGUCGGUCAAGAAAGCAGUCGGUAUGGUCUGGACGUGGGGACCCACGCAGAGUCAGAAACGGACUAUGCAGGAGAUGAUUGAUGCCGCCACGGAGAGGGGACUUGUCUCUCGAUUCUGGAGCAUUCCUUCUUGGCCGGUGAAUUUACGCAUGCAGAUGUGGCAGUUUCUGGUGGAAAGUCGAGUAGGGAUGUUGAACGUGGACAAUGUUGUCGAAGCUACCAGAUGGAACUGGGAUUGGUGUACGGUGGCGGGAUUGGUGUUGUGUUGA